AUGGAGGCUGCGAAUAUGUACGAAAAGGAAGACAACAAGUAUCAUGCCCAUAUGGCCUAUCAUAACGCUGUCGACUGUUUUCUCAAAAUCGAUCAUCCGAUGACUACUGAAGCGCUGAAGAAGGCGGAUCUGCUAAAGGAUAAUCUAGGCAAUGACAAAAAACAGGCACAAGUAUACAAACGCUAUUUCAACGACUUGGAUAAGGCUUCAGAACACUACCAGCUUGCCUCUCUUUACGAGGAAAGAAGUGGUACGAAACAUUGGAGUGAGCGAGCUCUGAUUAAGGCCGCCCGCUGUGCUGCAACUGGUGGAAACUCCCAGAGGGCUGCCAAAAUGUUUGAAAAGUUGAGUGGAAUUGUUGCAGGUCUUCUCCUCAUCUCACCGUCUGAUAGUUGGUCGAUCAAUGCGAGGCGUAAGCUAAGCUGCUGUCUUUGCAAUGUCUCGCUUUUUAAGCAGCAUAGAAUAUGGAGUAAUCCGGCCGGGGGCAAAAGUAACUUAUUUAGGCCUACUCGUUUAUCCCCUAGGUCCCAGCAUUUUGUCCUGCAAAAACGGUGGUUAUAG